CUCAGUUAGAAAAGAUAUUCCGGCCCGUUUUUAUUCUUCAUAACAGCAUUAAGGAAAAAACCUCCGUACCUUUCUUCUUCACAGGAGCAAAUUUUCCAGCAGGGUUUUGGCAAAACCCUAAACCCCCAAUGGCUCGGUCAGCUAGAUCCUCUACGACGCGCCUACUCUACAAUAUCUGCUCCUCCACCAAAAGGACAACGCCGUUGAAUCUUCAACACCCACCUCAAUCCCCUAUCGCCGCUUUAUUGGCCGGAAACUUCCAGCUCCUCCACUACGCCGCCUCCAGCACUGCCACCGCCAGAGUGAGAGACGAGAAAGAGGCGGCAUGGAGAGAGUCUCUUGAAAAAGUACGGAAUAUUGGGAUUUCAGCUCAUAUUGACUCCGGUAAGACCACAUUGACGGAGCGGGUACUGUUUUAUACGGGUCGGAUCCAUGAGAUCCAUGAAGUUAGAGGUAAAGAUGGAGUUGGUGCAAAGAUGGAUUCCAUGGAUUUAGAAAGAGAAAAAGGGAUUACUAUUCAGUCUGCUGCUACUUACUGCACUUGGAAAGACUAUCAGGUGAACAUAAUUGACACACCAGGUCAUGUUGAUUUCACGAUUGAGGUGGAAAGAGCCUUGCGUGUUCUUGAUGGAGCCAUUCUUGUCCUUUGUAGUGUUGGUGGUGUCCAAAGUCAGUCUAUCACUGUAGAUAGGCAAAUGAGAAGAUAUGAAGUCCCAAGACUUGCUUUUAUUAAUAAACUUGAUCGGAUGGGGGCAGACCCAUGGAAAGUUCUUAACCAGGCAAGAUCAAAACUUCGGCACCAUAGCGCUGCUGUGCAAGUUCCAAUUGGGUUGGAAGAUGACUUCAAGGGUCUUAUUGAUCUUGUGCAGUUGAAAGCUUACUAUUUCCAUGGUUCCAGUGGUGAGAAGAUUGUCACAGAAGAUAUUCCUGCUAAUAUGGAAGCAAUUGCUUCUGAGAAGCGGCGAGAGCUAAUUGAAGCAGUUUCUGAGGUUGAUGAUAAGCUUGCUGAAGCAUUUCUGAAUGAUGAGCCUAUAUCAUCUGCUGAGCUUGAGGCAGCCAUAAGGAGAGCGACAAUAGCACGGAAGUUUGUUCCUUUUUUUAUGGGCAGUGCUUUCAAGAACAAGGGAGUUCAAACACUUCUUGAUGGUGUUCUCAAUUAUUUGCCUUGUCCAGUUGAAGUUAGCAACUAUGCUCUGGAUCAAACAAAGAAUGAAGAGAAGGUUACAUUAACCGGAAGCCCCACUGGCCCUCUGGUUGCCUUGGCAUUUAAAUUAGAGGAAGGGCGUUUUGGUCAAUUGACCUAUUUAAGAAUCUAUGAAGGUGUCAUCCGGAAGGGCGAUUUUAUAAUCAACGUGAACACUGGGAAGAGGAUUAAGGUUCCUCGUCUGGUCAGAAUGCAUUCAAAUGAGAUGGAGGAUAUCCAAGAGGCUCAUGCUGGGCAGAUAGUUGCUGUGUUUGGUGUAGAUUGUGCUUCAGGGGAUACUUUUACUGAUGGAUCAGUUAAAUACACCAUGACUUCUAUGAAUGUCCCUGAACCAGUGAUGUCAUUAGCUGUUUCACCGGUUUCUAAAGACUCUGGUGGUCAAUUCUCAAAAGCUUUAAAUCGCUUUCAGAGGGAGGAUCCUACAUUCCGUGUGGGUUUAGAUGCUGAGAGUGGUGAGACAAUCAUAUCUGGCAUGGGGGAGCUGCAUCUGGACAUAUAUGUUGAGCGCAUCCGAAGGGAAUAUAAGGUUGAAGCUCAGGUUGGAAAGCCUCGUGUAAACUUCAGGGAAACCAUCACCAAGAGAGCAGAUUUUGAUUAUCUACACAAGAAGCAAAGUGGUGGGCAAGGUCAAUAUGGUAGAGUAAUUGG